AUGCUAUCCAUGUUGUCUAUCCUUUUUAUCGUGCUUACGUCCUUUCUGAUCCGCUCUAUCCUCGCUUCCAUCCGUUCCCCAUGUCGCGCUCUCCCAGGUCCGUUCCUUGGACGGUUUAGCAACCUAUGGUACCUGUGGCAGAUGAAGCGUGGUGACUUUCACAAAAAGAAUAUCCAACUCCAUCAAACACUUGGAACGAUUGUCCGCAUCGCUCCAAAUUGGUACAGUGUCUCGGAUCCAACGGCCCUCAAGACGAUGUACGGCCACGGCACCAAGUUCGAAAAGUCCGAGUGGUAUGAUGCAUGGAACCUUGGCAAAAACAAGUCUCUGACCAACCUUUUCUCCGAGCGAUCAUCCACGAAACACGCCCGGGAUCGGAAGAAGGUCGCUGCCCUGUACUCGAUGACCUCGCUGAUGGCCUACGAGCCGUUCGUGGAUGAUUGCGUGGCGAUUUUUGAGCAGCGGUUAAGGGAGUUUGCGAAACAGGGCUGCUUCAUCGACAUGGGGCACUGGCUGCAAUGCUAUGCCUUUGAUGUGAUUGGGGAGAUCACCUUUGCGAACCGGUUCGGAUUCCUCGACGCCGGCAACGACGUGGGAGGCAUCAUCAAGUCUCUGGACACCAGUUUCACGGUAGCUUCAUAUUUAGGACUCUAUGUUUGGCUGUAUCCGCUAUUCGUACGCAUCUCUAUCUUCCUCGGCUUGGGCCAAACAUACGUCCAGCAGUUCACCGCGCACCAUGUCCAGGAAGCCAAAGCAACAAUGGGGAACCACAGCUCCAAUCUACCAGCCCAUAUGGCUAUGAAGCUAACCCAAGCUCAGAUGGCGAACCCGGACUCUCUGUCUGACUGGGAUAUACUGGUCUCGGCGGGAGCGAACGUCGGCGCAGGAAGCGACACGACCGCUAUUACGCUUAGUGCAGUGCUCUACCACCUCAUCUGCUCUCCCGAAUAUCUAGCCAAAUUACGCGAGGAGAUCAUGAGAUCAGGGAUCGGGCAGAAUCCAACAUUCCAACAGGCACAGGCCAUGCCGUACCUGCAGGCUGUUCUAAAAGAAGCGCUUCGCAUCCAUCCUGCCACAGGCUUCCCCCUCUUCCGAGUCAUCCCGAAGGGGGGCGCGGUGCUUGCUGGACAUUUCUUUCCGGAAGGGACAAACGUCGGAGUGAACAGCUGGGUCGCACACUACGAUACCAAUGUCUACGGACCAGAUGCAGCGGUCUUCCGACCCGAACGAUGGAUCGAGUCGAGCCCGGAACAGCUGAAGCUUAUGGAGCGGAACUAUAUGCCCUUCGGGCUGGGCUCGCGAACAUGCAUUGGCAAGAAUAUCUCUCUUCUGGAAAUGUCAAAGUUGAUUCCGGUUUUGGUGAGAGAUUUUGAUUUUGAGCUCGGCGAUGGUCUCAGGGAGAAUGAAUGGGAGACGAGGGAUCGGUGGUUUGUGAAGCCGAGAAAUUUUCAGGUCAGGAUCAUUCAGCGAGCAUAA